CGAUCUCUCUAGCUCGCUGCAUCUUGGUUAAUUCCUGUGCGAUGAGGCUGCGCCCCGACGCGCCGUGGUCCAAAGGAAGGGACCACCGAACGCGAGGCCAAAUCCGGAAAGCGCCAAAUUAGGCAAGCGAUACGAACUGCGCCUCAACCCGGAGGAACCUUGGAAUUAACCACGCGAUGGUGAAAGCUUAGCCCGGCUACAUCCAACGUCUGUGAUAUCGAGCUUCGAGCGAGCGGUUGCUCAUGCCGUCAUGGCUGCGAGCAAUCUCCCGUCGAUGCUGCUCGUCCUCGUUUGCACCGCGCUGGUGUGGUUCUGCUGGAGACUGUACAGGCACCGCUCAUGGAUCAACAGGCUGCGCAAGGAGGGCAUGCCAAUGCCGGCAUGGAGCUGGCUCUCCGGCCACAUCUUCCUGCUCUACAGCUGUGCACGCCGCCUCCCUCCCCUCGCCAACAUCAACCUCGUCUUCCCAGAAAUAGCCGCAGGCUUCGCCGCUGACGAGAUGUUCCUGCUCGACAUCUGGCCCCUGAGCGAGGCCAUGCUCGUCGUCUUCAACCCCGAGGCUGCCGUGCACGUCUGCCAGAAGCUCAACCUGCCCAAGGUCAAGACGAAUGAGGAGAUGAUUCGGCCGAUUACGGGCGGGCUGACGCUGCUCUCUAUGAAUGGCGAGGACUGGCGCAAAUGGAGAGCGCUGUUUAAUCCGGGGUUUAGUACUGGCGUGAUGACUGAGCAGCUCCCGCCGGUUGUGGAUGCCGUGGCGAGGUUCUGCGAGACGCUUAAGGAGUGUGCGGGGAAAGGUGUACUGUGCCUCGAUGAGCUUACUACGCGCUUGACGUUUGAGGUUAUUAUGAAAGUAACCUUGGAUGCAGAUAUCGGCGAGGACUACGACCACCACGUGUUCGUCCGCGCCAUGGGAAACAUAGUAAAAUGGCAUUCCUUCUGGGACCCGCUAAUCCUACUAAAUCCCCUCCGGCCCUUCGUCCAGUGGUACAACGGGCACGUCGUCGACUCCUGGGUGCGAAAAGAGCUGCAAAAGCGCUUCCAAAUACUCCAGCAGGAGCGCCCAUCCCCCUCCCCAGCAAAAGGCCGCGCCAAAUCCGUCAUGGAUCUAGCGAUCGAAGCGGACAUUUCCGCGCAGAGCGGAGCGCCCUCGCAGCGAUUAGACGCCGCCUUCCUAGAGACAGCGAUCCACCAGAUCCGUCUAUUCCUCUUCGCCGGCAACGACACCACCUCGAGCACCAUCGUGUUCGCCUACCAUCUACUCUCCAAGAACCCUUCUAUCCUAGCCCAGCUGCGCGAGGAGCACGACGCCGUCUUCGGCACCGACCCCUCGCGCGCCGCGGCCCAGCUGAAGCAAGACGCAUCACUCCUCAGCAAGUGCCGCUACACGCACGCCGUGAUAAAAGAGACCCUGCGCCUCUACCCGCCCGCAGCCACCAUGCGCAUCGGGACGCCUGGCUCUUCCGUGCGGACUCGACGCGGGACCACGCUCCCCGUCGCCGGCCUCACGCUGCUGAUCUCGCACCAUACGAUCCACCGCGUCCCGUCCGCGUGGCUGCAGCCAAAUGCUUUUCUUCCCGAACGGUGGCUCGUGGGGCCGGAGCACGCGCUGUAUCCGGCGCCGGGGGCGUACCGGCCGUUUGAGAUUGGGCCAAGGAAUUGCAUUGGGCAGACGCUGUCGCUGAAUGAGAUCAAGGUUGUGUUGAUUAUGACGGCGAGGAGCUUUGAGAUUCGGCCUGCUUAUGAGGAGUAUGAUGUGCUGAAGGGGAGGAAAGGUGGGGGGAGGGGGGUGACUGCGUAUAGAGGCGAUAGAGCGUAUCAGACGGAGAGGGCGGGGGCGCAUCCGUCGGAGGGGUAUCCAUGCAGGGUGAGUCUCCGGGAUUAGCGCAAGUUAUAGGCAUUGCUAUGGAAUCAGGGGGGCACAGCUCGUGCAGGAUUGCGAUCGAUAAAAUGUAUGAUAUAGCAAGUCGAUCUAAUCAAGCCUGACUCUGCUCCCUCCUCGGCCGAGACUC